ACCUCCACCCACAAUGCUGGAGAGGGUUGCAGAAGGUGGACUGUAAACAUGGGAAAAUGUUGACAGAAGUGAAGGUCAUGGCAAGACCAUUCGGCCCACGUCUGUUGAUUAAGGACCAGCCUGCAGUUCAGAGACACUGGUCAACUGGAUUUGCAUAAACAGAGCCUGGGCAGUUUCUGAAACUGAGAUUUAAAACUGGCAACACUUUUACUACCCCUUUGUGUUUUUGCAAAAUCCAGGCCUUAUACCAACUUCUUGUUGCAGAAUUUUUUCUUUUUUCCUUUCAGGGAAGGGAAGUCAAACUCCUUCUCUAGGAACGGACUGGUUGAUCUGAUACAAAGUGGUGUUAGAAGACCUAUUUUGAUCCAAACCAGGUGCCUGGGCUGGAUUAUUUCCAACCUGGGUCAAACAACUGAUCACAUAAUGCUUUUUUGGUUUAUGUGCUGUCUCAUGGCUGUGUGGACGAUUUCUGCCUCAGAUGCAGAGAGCUGUUCAGAAAUUCCUGCAGUGGACAAUAGCAUAUCUGUUUCAAAGGAGGACGGAGAACAAAUUCUGCGGACUUACUUGUGUAUCAGGGGUUAUCACCUGGUAGGAGAGAAAACCAUUUUUUGUAAUGCCUCUAAAGGGUGGAAUGCCACUUCUCCCCAGUGCCAGUGGGGCCACUGUCCUGACCCUUUCCUGGAGAAUGGCAAGUUCAGUGUCUUGCAGCCUGUGGAUGUGAAUGACACAGUCACAUUUAAGUGCAAUGAGGAUUACAUCCUCAAGGGCAGCAGUUGGAGCCGGUGCCUGGAGAACCACACCUGGGUGCCUCCCUUUCCUAUCUGCAAAAGCAGAAACUGUAACUCUCCUGAGAAUAUAACUCAUGGCUAUUUUGAAGGAGUGGAUUUCACCUCAGGAUCUACUAUUACUUAUUACUGUGAAGAAGGGUACUGCCUGGUGGGCACACAGAGCCAACAGUGCAUUGACGGGGACUGGAGCAGCGCACUUCCGGUCUGUGAGGUGAUCCAAGAAGCCACCAAGCUAACUGCACAGGAGCAGUUUGAGAAGGAGUUUCUUGCCUUUCAGGAGACGGAGGAUCUUCGCCAAACUAUAGAGAACAUUAUGCAAAAGUUUAAGAAACAUAACUUAACCAUGGAGGAAAUAAAAUAUUCUCUGGAAAUAAUGAAAGCUAAGGCAAAAAUGUUGAAGGCAAAAAUGUUGCCCUAACAUCAUAGCUAAGCAGACUGGGUAAUAGAAAGACACCUGUAAAUAAAAUUUCCUCUUGGUUUGGAA